UGGGUAUAUAGCGGCGGCGCGGGGCGCUACCUCACAGUCCCAGCCAUGGCCGCCACACCUGCAGUGUUCGCCGGCGCCGUUGCGUUGCUCGCUGCUUCCGCCAGUGCUUUCAACGCACAGGGGCCGGUUAUGGCCUCAGAGUUCACCACCAGCCUGCUGUUCGACGACCUAGUGCAGCCGCUGUGCACAGAAUCCACGACCAAUGACGCGUGCUACGGCUGCUUCGCGCGCUACGCCAGGAUGAGGCAGGUACCAGAUGCAUACGAUGAACUCAAAAAGUGCGCCAGGGACUACUUGAAUGGUACAUCCUAUGCAGAAUGUCAGGCAGUGAUCGGAGAUGCUACAGGCAGUCAAAGCGGACAGUCGAAUGUAUUCUGCGAUUUUGAAAAAUGCGUUAGGAAGCGGGACAUGUUGCAUCUGGUCGAUGAAUGUGGCAGACAGAGUGACAAUUCCAAAUCUGAAGUGGAGAAGUACGUACAAACAACAUCCUGCGUUCUUGAAGAAAUGCGCCGACGCAAAUUUCUGUCGGGACCUCGAUACCCAGGCGGCUUCUCGAGUCCGAAGGCGUACGCGCUGUACGUGACGGAGGCCGGCGAGCUGCGUGUGAUGUCGACGUACGUGGGCGCCAACGAUCAGUUCAGCUGCGAGCCCUCACCUUCCCCACUCGGGCCGAUUCCUGCUUCGGCCGACGGGCCCGAGGGAAAAUAACACCUCGCAACAAAUUUCCUUUAAUGUAAAACAAAAUUAUCCUUCAACUAUUAAAAGGCUUAACCAUA